CCAACACCUUCGUCCAUGACUCUGCUGCCACAUUGAUGAUGAGCAUCCUAUAGAAGCCAAGAAUGGAGUGUGUCCAGUUUGUGCGAUGAGGGUGGGUGUUGAUAUGGUGGCUCAUAUAACGCUGCAACACGGGAAUAUUUUUAAGAUGCAGCGCAAGAGAAAAUCACGAAAAUCUGGUUCACAUUCUACGCUUUCUUUGUUGAGGCGAGAGCUAAGAGAAGGGAACUUGCAAUCCUUUUUUGGAGAAUCUUCCUGCAUAGUUUCUUCGAACAAUGCAACCCCUGACCCGCUUUUGUCCUCAUUUAUUUUGCCAAUGGUUGAAGAUUAUGACAGCGUUGUUCCAUCACACUCUUCAGCUGAGUCAAUAACAGCAAAGAAAAGCACAACUGGGAGCAUUUCAGAGAGAAAGCCUCGUCCGCCUCCAAUGUCGAUCAAAGAUCAGGAGGAGAAAGCCAAGAGAAGCGACUUUGUUCAAGGACUUGUGUUGUCGGUGAUGCUCGAUGAUAAUUCCUAAGUCCUGUUGAAGUUGGCUGGAAACUGCAAAGAUGGGUGGUGACUAUAAAUACC